AUGCUCGGCAAGGGAUCAAAUGAGCGAGGCGAGCGCGCCGGCGCGCCGGGCAAGGCUGCUGGGGACGAGAAGCCGUGUACGCCUCUGCUCGAUCCGGCUCCACGAGUUUCCGCGUCGGCCACUCCCCCUGGUCCCGAGGCCGCGCCAACCCCAGUACCGGACCCCGAUGCGACCGCCCCAGCAGACCAGAGCAAGCACCGCACCGCGCGCGUCGCCCGCCCGUUCAAGUCGCCGCUGCCCAACCCCGACGAUCCCUCGGGACCGGCCCCGAUGGGCCCGCCCUCCACGUCCCUCGCAACGCCAUCGUCUUCCUCUGCGUCUUCCGCCGCGGCCGCCGCGACGAUCCGCGCGCUGCAGAGCCAGGCGCAGACGCUGCGGCAGGCCGUCCGGAUCAAGCUCGCGCCGCCUGCGGACAGCGACCCGGAGCUCGCGCGGCUCGCCGGGAAGUGGACCGUGGCGGGGCGCGAGGUCGCGUGGGCGUUGUGGGAGCGGGUGAGGGACAUGGACCCAGGGAGUGCUGCGGGCGCUGGUGGGUUCGGCGAUGAGGUCGGGCGGAAGAGGGGGAUGUGGGAGGAGGAGGCGGGUCCAGCGAAGAAAAGAGCCCGGAUGGAUGGGGAAGGGCAGAUGCUAGGUGAAGACGAAGAUGAGGGGUUGGAGGACGAGGUCGUGCAACAUACGCUGGGGGUGAUGCUGCGAAGGCUGGGGAUCGACCCGGUGACGUUGGGGUGGGAUGAAGAGGAAGGUGACUUUGUUCAGGUUGAUGUCUGA